AAUAUCGUCACACCGACGAUAACAUUAACAACGGUGACUUCACUAAUACUUGUUGCCGAUUUCACAUCACAAAGUAUGCAACGAAUAUCGACAAACCCCAAAAACCAACAAAUAUCGUCACACUAACAAUAACAUCAACAACGGUGACUUCACCAAAACCUGUUUAUAAGAAUGCCAGAGAAAUCCCACAAAAAAGUUGGGAUGCACACAAGACCACCCCACAGGAACAUUCUGCAAGACCACCCUACAAGUUACCAGCGAUGCAAAAUCAAUUCACGAAAUCUAACGGCAGCACCAAACCAACGACGACAACAAUACUAGCGAUAACAAUGACACCAAUGAUGACACCAGCGACGACAAGAUACCAGUGA